AUGUUGUUGCUUAAAAGUUCUUUCUCGCCCAUGGCGGCUGGGAGGGUCUCGACACGCACUCUUUUGCAUGUCUUGAAAAGUGGUAGAUUCAGUAACGCGAUGGGGGAAUUACAAGCACCAUUGUUUAAUCACGUGCUGCAGAGGUCCUACAGUCUCAAGAGUCUCAAGAAGAUAGAGAAGUUUGGCUCUGUAGUUGUUGGCACUGGACCAGCUGGACUUGCGGUUGUGGGCAAUCUUUUGGAACAGAAGAAAGGUCCAGUUUUAUGGGUUGGGGACGCUCAACGUUCGGGGGGUGGCAGAUUAGACCGAGCGUAUCGAGCUGUGCCUUCCAACACGAAAGUCAAGUUCUUUUCUAUGUACGCAGAUGCUUUAGAACCUUUCAAGCAAAUCACAAGUGAAGCUGCUACUCCUAACGCUUAUAGCGUUUUGCAAGAUCUUGAUCAAGAAAAGACUUGUCACAUUGCUGAAGCUGCUGAUUUAGGGUUGAUGUUGGGAGCCGGGCUUCUCAAAACCGAGGGUGUUUUUGGAGUCAAUAAUGGCACAGUUGAAAGUGCUUCUUGGUCCGAUACCAAGGGCUGGGACGUCAAAUUCAGUGCCGCAGGGAGUAAAACACGUUCAGUAUCCUCCGAUCUCCUUUUUUUGUGUACUGGCUCUCACCCUAGUUGGAAUAGCAUUGAGCUCGAUCAAUCUAGUAAGCGGAUACCUAGCCUUGGUCUUGACAGAUGUUUGAAGCCUUCACUAUUGAGGCAAAGUAUCCGUUUUGCUACGAAAAAGAAUCCAGAUCCAACUCAACCCACCACCAUUGCCGUCAUUGGUGCGUCUCACAGUGCAAUUCUCGUACUGAGAAACCUUUAUAAUCUCGCAACUUCCCCUGACCAGGAAUUCCAGAACCUUCGUAUCAAAUGGUUCACUCGUCAUGAGCUUCGAUAUGCCGAGGAACGUGAUGGUUGGAUCAAACGCGAUAACACGGGUCUCAAGGGUGAAGUCGCUACAUGGGCAAAGGAGAAUCUCGAGGCUGAUACAUUACCCACAUCUGACGUAUCCAAAUACCUCGAAAAAGUAAAGACCUCGACAGAAGCCGAGAAGGAAGACUACGAGAAACAUUUACCCGGAUGUAAUUGUGUGGUGCAGGCUAUUGGGUUCACCAAAAACAAGCUUCCAACUAUCGAGAGGGAUGGCACGCCAUUGGAGAUUACCUACAAUCAUGAAACAUCGGAAUUUGUGGAUGCUGAGGGAAAGACGAUUAGGGGGUUGUAUGGUGCUGGAAUCGCGUUUCCGGAGAAGGUCGUGGAUCCUGAGGGAACAACGGAGUACGCUGUUGGCUUGUGGAAGUUCAUGAAGUAUUUGAAGAGGGUUGCGCCAACGUGGACUGCGUGA